AUGCCGCCGUUACGAAAGGGGGUGCCUUUUAAGAGGAAGGACAUCGCGAAAGCCUUCUUUGAUCUCGAUAUCUCCGAUAGUGAACCCUCAACCGUAAGCCAAACACCCAAGCCGCGCGAUCACAAUCGUCUAAUUGCUUCCAAGCCUCCUCUUGACAAAGCCAAAGGAAGCAACAAAGUCGCCCUCUUGACCUUACCCGUCGAAAUCCGACUUCGAAUUUACGACCUACUUGUCGUAAGCCGAUUUGACCGGACAGAAAACCCUUCGUGGGCAGUCGGACACACAGAUCAAAAGUUGGUCCUACUCGAUAUGGGUCAAUUUCGACAAUAUAGAACGAUGGAACCAGGAAUACUACAGACGUGCAAGCAGAUAUACCACGAAGCGAAUUCGAUACUCUACUCGCAGAACGUAUUUGCGAUCAGCGAACCCAAACAGGUGUUUCGAUUCAUUGAGCAGAUUGGUCUUGCGAACCUCAAGCUGGUAAAGACACUAGAUAUCUGGGUGCCAUGGAUGGCUGAACUCUCUCCAUGGCUACAACUUCUCAAUAUAUUAGCUGAAGAAGCAAGCGGACUACGAUGCAUUGAGCUAGGAUGGAGUGCGGAUUGUGAAUUUACCUGGAAACUUCGACGAGGGGCUAGGGAGAGGGGCUUAGGUGAUAACCUGGAGUUUGUGCGUGUCUUAGGAAAGAUCCGAGGGCUGGAAAAGCUAGUCAUUUCGGGGUUCUAUGCAAAAAAUUGGCUGGCAUACUUGGAGGAGAGAAUGGGUAUUCGGGUGCGAGCUAUAUGCGGCCACCGUCGUGAAGAGCGUGAGUUGAAAGAGGGGGAUCUGAACGAUAAGGAAUUGGAGUUUGAGAAGUUAAUACGUGAGAUGAAUGAGAAGGAGUUGCAGACAUUCAUGGAAUAUCAGCAGGAAACAGAAGAUUUGUUUCCAUGA